GGAGGCUGAGGAGGAGGGAACAGGAUAGGAACGCUGUCUCAUAAAGGAGGGAUUUUCUCUCUUUUCACCCUUUCCAUCCGUCCCUCAUUUCUUUUCUUUUUUUUUUUUAAUCAUCAUGGCCGCUAAGUCAGACGGGAUGCUGAAGAUGAAGAAAAGCGACGUUGCUUUUACCCCAUUGCAGAACUCGGAUCACUCGGGCUCAGUACAAGGUUUGGCUACAGGAUCGCAGCCGGGCUCUGCUACCGGGGACGGGGGCUGCUCGGACGGAAGCUCCCGGUGUUGCUGCAGUGGCGGCGGCAGUAGCGGUAGAGUUGCAGGUGGCGGCGGAGGAGUCGGGGGUGCGUCUCCGUCGCUAUGCCUGCGACUGGGCAGGGAGCAGCAAAGAUACUCGGUAUGGGAUUGCUUGUGGAUUCUGGCAGCUGUGGCCGUCUACUUUGCAGACGUGGGGAGCGACAUAUGGCUUUCGGUCGACUACUACCUGCGGGGCCAGCGCUGGUGGUUCGGUUUGACCUUGUUCUUUGUGGUACUGGGCUCGCUGUCUGUGCAGGUUUUCAGCUUCAGGUGGUUCGUGCACGAUUUCAGCACCGAGAACAGCUCCCAAUGCAAUCCUAUGGAGAGCAAGGCGGCCGCCGGGUCUGCCGCAGCCUGUGAGGGCGAUGCGCGUCCCUCCACUCCACAGAGACAGGCUUCCACCGCCAGCAGCAAGCCCGCUACCACCGGCACCAACAGGGCGAACAGCAGGGACAGCUCUUCCUCCUGCUCCUUCUGCAUCUGGAUCAUGCAGUCACUCAUCCAUAUCCUGCAGCUUGGGCAGAUCUGGAGGUAUUUUCAUACUAUCUACUUGGGAAUUCGAAGUAGGCGAAGUGGAGAGAAUGACAGGUGGCGGUUUUAUUGGAAGAUGGUGUAUGAAUAUGCAGAUGUCAGCAUGCUGCACUUGCUGGCCACAUUCCUGGAAAGCGCCCCUCAGCUGGUCCUUCAGCUGUGCAUCGUGGUGCAGACUCGCAGCUUACAGGCUCUACAAGGUCUUACUGCAGCAGCAUCUCUUGUAUCCUUGGCCUGGGCCCUUGCAUCCUAUCAGAAAGCAUUGCGUGAUUCCCGAGAUGACAAGAAACCGAUCAGUUACAUGGCUGUUAUUAUCCAGUUUUGCUGGCACUUCUUUACCAUUGCAGCGAGAGUGAUAACAUUUGCUCUUUUUGCUUCAGUUUUCCAACUCUACUUUGGAAUAUUCAUAGUCCUUCACUGGUGCAUCAUGACCUUCUGGAUUGUCCAUUGUGAGACAGAAUUCUGUAUCACGAAGUGGGAGGAGAUUGUGUUUGAUAUGGUUGUUGGAAUAAUCUAUAUCUUUAGUUGGUUUAACGUCAAGGAAGGAAGGACACGGUGCAGGCUGUUUAUAUAUUAUUUUGUCAUUCUUCUUGAAAACACUGCCUUGAGUACCCUUUGGUACCUUAACAAGGCCCCCCAAAUCUUGGAUGCGUUUGCUAUCCCAGCACUGUGUGUAGUGUUUAGUAGCUUUUUAACAGGUAUUGUUUUUAUGUUGAUGUACUAUGCCUUCUUUCAUCCUAAUGGACCUAGAUUUGGGCAGUCACCAAGCUGUGCUUGCGAAGACACUGUAACUGCCUUUCCUUUGCCCCCUGAAGGGGCCUCAAACACUCUUAGGUCAAUGUCCAACAACCGAAGUGUGGCCAGCGAUCGAGAUCAGAAAUUUACUGAAAGAGAUGGCUGCAUGCCAGUCUUUCAGGUAAGGCCAAUUGCUCCAUCUACACCAUCAUCAAGGCCACCAAGGAUUGAAGAAUCAGUUAUUAAAAUUGACCUGUUUAGAAACAGGUAUCCAGCCUGGGAGAGGCAUGUAUUGGAUAGAAGCCUGCGUAAGGCAAUUUUAGCUUUUGAAUGUUCUCCUUCUCCUCCCCGGCUUCAGUAUAAAGACGAUGCGCUUAUCCAGGAGCGGCUGGAAUAUGAAACCACAUUGUAACAGAAAAACAAAAGACUUUCAAGAGCUGCAACUUUAUGUUGAAUAUCAGCAGAUUAGUGGCAAUAACUAAACUGCGUAAUUCCUACAGAAACUGGUGAACAUGCCAUGACUUCCAGGUUCAUGGCGGAGAAUUUACAGGUGGCUAUUCAUCAUGAUUAUCAUUCUUUCUACUACUGUAAGACGUCUGAAGAAUAAGUACAGUUUCUGCACAGCUUGCUAUCUCGUGUAAGGAAAUUAGAUUUGAAUGGAAAUAGAACAGUUAACUGGGUAAAGUCUAGUACUGUGGAAACUGUCAUUUGAAAGCCACCACUGAUUCAGGAGGUGCAAGUAUUUGCGUAAGGCUCUGCCAAUAUGAAGGUGGCAAGCCUCCUUUGAGUCUCAACAAGUCAAAUUGGAUGCCAAUGUUGCUUUUUAAACUACUACCAAAGUUUUGAGGGCUCAUUUAGUAUAAUACUUUGCAGAACUUUUCUAGCUCACAUUUUUUUAUGGGAUAGAACUAUAAUACAAAAAAAAAAGGAAACAGAAAUCCAUUCAACAUCUUUUAUGAAUUCAGUUUAUUUUUUAAUAUCCACAUUUUAUUUUCUAUGGUAUGAGUAAGUACAAGUAAAGGUCAGUUCUAGAUAAUGAAAACCAAAUAUGGCACAAUUAUUAUUAUAAUAUCCAGGUUUUACUUUUUCUAUAGUUAUCCUCUUCCUUUUUUUAUGUGUAAAUUGUAGAUAGGCAGCAGUCACUCAUUUUUGUGAACUUGGAUAAAUAGCACUAAAAACCAUUGCAGUCUUGCUGUAUUUCAGCUUAAGUUCCUCCGGCUUUAGAUUCAGCCAAUGUGUGGUAUGAAGCGGUUUGCAAGUCCGUAAGUCUAACUUUGCAAUCAAGAGAGGGAGUGAAUGAUGCAAUAGCAAUGAAAGAAAGGAAAAAUGAUAAUCAUGAUGACAUAUCCAGUCAGCAAAAAAUAUUCAGAGGGACUUUUAAGGAAAUAAGCAAUUCGUUAUCUGUAUAAAUAAAGGAGAUCAGA